GAAUUCACGAAGAAACGAAUAUAUAGGAACCGUUGCAUACAAAUUAUUAUGCCAAACGGUAGAAAAAUGAGAAUUCUGACAGUUGCAAGUGAAAAUUGACCGGUUUUCGUAGUAAAUCCGAAUGUCAGAACUUUUCCCAACUCCAAAGUUAUUAUUCAUUCCAUUCAAUACAGAAAUGAUAUACUAAAUAAGGAAAGAACAGAAUGGUGAACAUAAUAAAACAUAAACAGGUGGUAAAAACAACACUUGAUAAACACAACAAAUAUAAAAUAAACAUUUGUACUCGCCAUGGGAACGAGUUUUAUUAUAUGUUUGAGAUAUUGAAAUAAUUAACUUCAAUUGAAUCUAAAGAAAGCAAUCGAAACUAAUAUUGAGCAACAUGUUUGUCUAUUUAAGUAAGAAGAUUGCUAUACCGAACAAUGUAAAAUUAAAUUGCAUAGCUUGGAAUAAAGAGCACGGGUAUAUAGCAGUCGCUGGUUCUGAGGGUCUAUUAAAGGUUCUGAAGCUAGAGCAAGCGUCUAGCGGUCCCAAUAAGGGUAAUCUAGCUGCUGUAUCAAAUUUGUCUAUGAAUCAAACUCUGGACGGGCAUAAGGAAGGUGUUAAAGUGGUCACUUGGAACGAAAGCCAGCAGAAAUUGACUUCUUCGGAUUUGAAUGGCGUCAUUAUGGUUUGGAUGAUCUAUAAAGGUUCUUGGUACGAAGAGAUGACUAAUGAUCGAAAAAAAUCGACCGUUAAUAGCAUGUGUUGGACAUCAGAUGGAGCUAAAAUAUGCAUAGUGUACGAGGAUGGGGCCAUUAUUGUAGGCUCAGUGGAUGGAAAUCGUAUUUGGGGGAAGGAGCUAAGGAAUACACAUUUAACUAGUGUACAAUGGAGUCCAGACAAUCGCUUGAUAUUAUUUGGGUUAGCUAAUGGUGAAUGCCAUCUUUAUGACAACCAAGGAAAUUUUGCGAUGAAGCUAAAUAUACAGUGCGUCUCGCUUAGUCCAAAUAGAAACUUUAAAAUCUCGGCACUUUGUUGGUACAGUGGGCGGGCACCAUCUAACCGACCAGUUCUGGCUAUUUGUUUUGAGACGUGCAAAUUGCAAAUUAUGCGAAAUGAAAGCGAUGACGCCCCAGUUAUCAUCGAUACUGGUAUGCGAAAUAUUGCUGCUGAGUGGAAUCAAGACGGAUCUGUACUUUCUGUUUGUGGAAUGCUUAUAGAUUACAAUACUUCGAAGGAAUCGAAUCAAGUAAAUUUUUACUCGCCAUUCGGACAUUUGAUACGUACUUUGAAGGUUCCAGGGAAUGAGAUCUCUUCACUUUCAUGGGAAGGAAAAUCGCUACGCAUUGCAAUGGCUGUCGAUUCUUUCAUAUAUUUUGCAAAUAUACGUCCCGAUUAUAUGUGGUGUUAUUUUGAAAAAACUGUUGUUUUUCUGAAUAAAAACAGUACUAAUCAUACCCGAAAUUCAACGACAAAUGUUAUCACUUUCUGGAAUACAGUUUCUAAUCAGAGUUUCCUAAAGGAAGUCGAACCGGCAUUGGGGAUGGCUGCUUGCAACGAUCAUUGUGUCUUAGCUGUAGAAUGCUUAAAUAGUAAUAUGAAGGAAAAUAUUGUAACUGAUGCUACAAAUCCAAUUCAGAAUGACGAUAAAUGCUAUCAGUUAAUGUUGUGCAAUUCUAUUGGAACUACUGUGGAUUCGAAAUACACUGAUAUGAAACCAAAUUUUAUUGCCAUUAAUUCUGGACAUGUAGCAAUAGCCUCUUUCGAUGAAGUACUCAUUUGGCACUACAACACUCCCAAAAGCGCAGCGAAUUUGCAUGGAGCGAAGGGGCGUAAAGAGAAUCGAUUUCAUAUAGACGAUACGCCAACUGGCGUCGAAAUGGCCAAAGACUUAGUAAUUGCUACAGGAGGCGCAAGUUAUGAUAAAAAGGCCUACAAGCAACAUGUUAACAUAGAUCCCAUAUGUGCACUUGCCAUGUCCGAGAAGAUAUUGUUGGUGGCACGUUCCUCGGGCACUAUAAAUGAGUACAGUGUGCCGAACGUAGCGCUUCGAAAUCGUCUUAAGAUUAAUGCAAGACCUUAUAAAAUGUCAAUUAAUUGUAAUUCCAGCCGCGCAGCCGUUAUAGAUGAUGUUGGUGUUAUGACUUUGCUUGAUUUGGAUGAUGAUCGUCAAUCACAGUUGAAUUUUAAUCGAGUUGAACGCAAGGAUGUUUGGGCCGUUUGUUGGGCCAAGGAUAAUCCUUUAUUACUCGCAUUAAUGGAAAAGACGCGCAUGUAUGUAUUUCGUGGCAAUGAUCCCGAAGAACCUAUUUCUUGUUCCGGUUAUAUAUGUGCUUUUGAAGAUUUGGAGAUCACUAGUGUUCUACUUGAUGACAUAAUUAGUGGUGAUGAGUCUCAAAAUUCUGUUAAUCAUAUUAUACAGUUGCGAGUUAAGUCGCUGCGUGACACCGAUGAUUUAUUGCAUCAUGUGGGCUUAGAAGAUGCGAAGCAGUUCAUUGAAGAUAAUCCACAUCCGCGCUUAUGGCGCUUGUUGGCCGAGGCAGCAUUAAAGAAACUCGAAUUAGGCAUUGCUGAAAAUGCAUUUGUACGUUGUGCUAAUUAUCAGGGAAUUCAAUUAAUAAAACGUAUGCGAAACAUAUCAACGCCCAUGCUACAAAAAGCCGAAGUGGCCGCUUUCUAUGGCGAGUACGAGGAAGCAGAAAAAUUAUAUAUGGAUGCUGAUAGAAGAGAUUUGGCAAUUAAUCUACGCAUUACUCUAUGCGACUGGUUUCGUGCCGUUCAACUCUACCGUAUGG